CUCCCUUUGACAAAAUGGCAACACUUUGUCAACUUUUCCGUGCUAUAAGACUGCUGCAGGCGGGGAGACAGACGCACUGUCAGUGCUUCUACAGUAGUGCAUCGGAUUCAUGGCAGGCUGUUCCCGUCCAGGAAGUCCAGCGAUUUAUAGAAGAGUGCAUGGCAACUGUUGGAACCCGCGCGGACCAUGCCACCUCUCUGGCGAACAACUUGGUCACAGCUGAUCACAGAGGACACUAUAGCCACGGCCUCAACAGACUAGAUUUGUACAUCAAUGACAUAGAGUCAGGGAUCACCGUUAGCGACGCCGAGCCCAGCAUUAUCCGGGAGUCGGCAGCCACAGCCCACGUCGACGGCAACAACGUCCUUGGUCCGGUGGUGGGCAACUUCAGCAUGGAACUGGCCAUACAGAAAGCCAAGGUUGCAGGGGUAGGCUGGGUGGCUGCAAAAGGGUCCAACCAUUUUGGUAUUGCGGGCUGGUAUUCCAUGCUGGCAUCUCAACAGGGCCUCCUUGGAAUGGCGUUCACCAACACCUCCCCGCUGUCAGUACCUACGAGAGCCAAGAAGGCUACGCUGGGCACAAACCCUCUAUCUCUGGCAGCUCCAGCUCGCAGUGGUGACGAGUUUGUACUGGAUAUGGCCACCACGACAGUAGCACUGGGCAAGAUCGAACUCCACGACCGCAAAGGCAUCAAGAUCCCCAACAGCUGGGGUGUGGACAAGCAUGGUCGGGAGUCCAAUGACCCGAAGACUGUGAUAGAGGGUGGAGGCCUCAUGAUGGUUGGGGGAUCAGAGCUCACAGGUGGGUACAAGGGCUACGGUCUGUCUAUGCUGGUGGAGGUUUAUAGUGUGUUCUGUGUUCUGUAGGUGCAUACAAGGGUU